AUGAGUGGUGGUGGUGCAGAAAUUGUGAGUGGGAAACCUUGCAGGAAUGCCAAAAGUUCUGGAAAGCCCAAUUCUUGGUCUCGCUUGCAGGUGGCUCUCCGUAUUCGCCCCGUCAAUGAAACGGAGUUGGAGGAAGGCGCAUCGGUCGUUGGCCACAGAGUGGGGGAGCAGAUGGUGGUCUUGAUGGACCCAACAGAAGAUCCGGAGGAUAUUUUGCGUGCCAACCGGUCGAGGGAGAAAACGUUCAUUUUUGACAUGGUUUUUGGCCCCCAAGCAACCCAGGAGGAGGUGUAUUUGUCGACUACGAAAAGCCUCAUAGAAGGAGUCAUCUCGGGAUACAACGCUACGAUUUUUGCUUAUGGACCCACCGGAGCUGGAAAAACCCACACUAUGCUGGGGACGGAUUCAGAACCUGGAAUAUACAUCCGUACCCUCCACGAUCUCUUUCAAGCCAUUGAGGCCACAGGAGAUGGCCAGGAUUAUUUGGUUUGCAUGUCCUACCUGGAGGUUUAUAAUGAAAUGAUCCGUGAUCUCCUGAACCCAUCCACGGGCUACCUUGAGCUGAGAGAAGAUUCCAAAGGGUGCAUCCAGAUUGCGGGAAUAACGGAAGUCUCCACGACAAAUGCCCAGGACAUUAUGCAGUUGUUGACCAAAGGCAACAAGGAACGUACUCAGGAGCCCACAGCUGCCAACAAGACCUCAUCACGGUCCCAUGCUGUCCUCCAGGUGUCGGUGAAGCAGACCAACCGAGUGAACGGGAUCGGCGAGGAAGUGCGUGUUGGGAGGCUCUUCAUGGUUGACCUGGCUGGAUCAGAAAGGGCUGCUCAGACACAGAAUCAGGGCAAGAGGAGGAAGGAAGGGGCCCACAUCAACCGGUCCCUCCUUGCUCUGGGGAACUGCAUCAAUGCGCUGAGCGAAAAGGGGGGCAGCCGAACUCAAUACAUCAAUUUCCGAGACAGCAAACUGACCCGUUUAUUGAAGGAUUCCUUAGGUGGCAACAGCAAGACAGUAAUGAUUGCUCACAUCAGCCCAGCCAGCAGCUGCUUCGAAGAAUCUCGGACAACGUUGAUGUAUGCCUAUCGAGCCAAGAACAUCAAAACGAGGGUCAAGCGUAAUCUUCUCAACGUCUCUUACCACAUUGCUCAGUACACCAGCAUCAUUUCAAACCUCCGGCGCGAGAUCGAAUGCUUGAAGGCCAAGGUUGAAAACCAGGAGAAACAUCUCCUGAGCUCUGGGGCCAAAGAUGGACAAGCUCAAGGGGAGAUUCCUCUGGACUUGGAGGAGGAUGGCCAUCGGUUGCAAAAAUUACGGAAACAACUGGUAGGGGCCUUCAAGGAGCAGAUGGAUAUGCGACGCAGCUUAAUGGAGCUGGAAAAUACCAACAUGGAACUCCACGUAGAUACCUCCAGGCACCUACUCAUGAUUGCAGAGUGGGAACGAGAGAGAUUUCGUCAAGGUGCCAAUACACACAAUCUAAGUGAAAAGGAUGACGAGGAGGCUGACCAGGAAGAUUUCCUGGAACCUGUUGAGAUCACAAUUGCCAAGGAAGAGAUCAACACACUGGUGAUAGAGCAGCAGAAAACGGCUGCUUUAAAGGCUGACCUGGAGCAAAAGUUGGCGAAUGCCAAGAAGAAAGUUUCCCAGAUGGAGAAGUUGCUCCCGGAACAAACCACCAGCGAGGACCAACGGGAUGUCCUGAGCCUCUUGUGCAAGACCCAUGAGCUGGAAGUUGGGAAGACCGAACUUCAAGCCAACACUUUGUACAAGGACAACCUUCUCUGCCAGAAGGACUUCAUCAUCCAGCACCACCAACAGUACCGGCAUCUCUGUGAAGAGCUUAUUCAACAGCAGUGGUCCCUGAUCAAAGACCACAAUAUUCCAGUCCCGGGACCUCUUGAAAAACUAUACCGCCUGUAUUUCCAUGAGUUACAGGAAGGAACUCUGCAUCAUCUGAUGGUGCUUCACUCACUGAUGUCCAAUGCGUGGCAGUUCCAUUCCGGGCAGAUUCCGAGACAAGAUCGCAACAGAGAGGAGAAUCCAGACGGAUCCACCGAUCACAAGAAAGCUUUCCUUCCAGGGCCCAAAUUUGAACUGCCUCCAAUAUUUGUGGAUUCAGACAGUGACAGUUACCGGUCAUCUUCUAAAAACACCCCAGCAAAAAGGAAGGUGACUCGUGAAUCGAACCACACUCCUACGCUGUAUCACCUGUUAACACCUGUCCACCAGAAGAUGACUUCAGGCAUCCCUUCAUCAAAGGUCGCCUCCAAGCUACCUUCUCCAUCUUCCCAAGAUUCCAGUCGGAAAAAUUCCAGGGCAGACUCCCUCAGUGGCCUCUUGACUCUGAAAACGUUGAAGGAGAUGGUUGACAGCACCAAGCAGAUCGCUUUGAUUGCCGCCCACCGCCGAUUCCAAGUCCAGGAGAAAGGCUUCGGGAGGAAGGUCUCCUCCGCUCAGUAUUUUGGGGAGGAGAAGAUGGAAUCUCAUCAGCCCAGUUUCACUCCAGAACAUCGCUCCAAAGGCGCGGCCACCGUCAAUGGCCUUGGAGGGAUGUUCCAGAGGAAAGUUUGGGCACACCACCAAGUUCAGAAUGAAGGAGACAAGGAGCCAUCUUGGGACGGGAAAACAGAGAAGAAGGGACCUCUUGAACCGACCUCCUCCAGGAUUUUGCAGAUGAAACACUGGUCCCCCUCCAAUCAGGACAGCAAUGGCCCAGGAAACCAGAUGCCACCAGCCAAAUCCCCAGAUGGUUCGAUAGGAAAUCUGUCCCACAUCUUUCCAGUUCCCGCAAAACUCAAGUUUCCCGUUGGACAGCAAACAGGGCCCGUUGAGAGCAUGGGUGGAUAUCGGAAGCAGCCGCCCGUGACUCACUCCAAGAAGGCAGGAAAGCCGAAAUAA